GCUUGUAUCAAAUAAUGCUUCAUAAUAAAUCAUACCUCAAACGCGGUCGAGGUGGUAAAGUUUUUAAAGCUGUAAAAGAACACUAUCUUCGAGACGAUAUUUGGUGUUCAGUUGAAUGCUGCACAAUAUGCUCUCACACUGAACCAAUAUUAAGUUCUAUUCCAGCUAAAACAAAACUUGUAACAAAACCUCAUUACAUUAUACCUGACACGAAUGUUUUUAUGAAUCAAAUUGAUAUAAUUGAGCAUCCAGCUUUACAAAAUGUUAUUAUUUUGCAAACUGUUUAUGAAGAAUUACGACAUUUAAGCUUAUCUGUAUAUAAUAGACUGAAAAAAAUGAUAAAUGACCCAAACCGAAAAUUUUACGUGUUCGCCAAUGAACAUCAUCGGGAUACAUUCAUUGAACGUAUAAAAGAAGAGUCCCCAAACGAUAGAAACGAUCGAGCUAUAAGGGCAGCUGUUAAAUGGUAUGCAACUCAUGUUAAGCAAAUUGCUGAUAAAGGAAAAUCUCUUGAGAUUGUUCUUUUAACAGAUGAUGCAGAAAAUAUACAAAGAGCUAAGCAGGAUGGAUUAUUAGCUUACUCAGUUAGAGAAUAUGUUGAAGGAAUGAUUGAUACUCCAGAAUUGGUUGACAUGCUCGGAAAUGUUCGUAUUUCUGAUAAUAAGGACAAAAAAAUCGUCUAUGAGGAGCAUCUUUCCGCUUCACAAAUAACAAAUGGAAUUAAGAAUCAAACUUUAUAUCAAGGAACUUUGAAUAUAAGCAUGCACAAUUAUCUUGAGGGAUCUAUUCAAAAUGGUGAUAUUCAAAUAACGAUACUUGGAAGAAAAAAUUUAAAUAGAGCCAUCCAAGGAGAUAUUGUUGCUGUUCAACUAUUUCCGAAAUCUGAAUGGCUUAGGGCUCCAACAGCAGUAAUUGUAGAAGAAGAGGAAGAAAAGAAUUUAGCCGAAGAAUUGCAAGAGAAUUGCAAACCUAAAGAACAAUCUGAAGAAGCAGAUAGUGAUCUAUUCGAAGCACCACAGCCUACUGGAAAAGUAGUUGGGAUUAUUAAAAAAAAUUGGAGACCAUAUUGUGGAUUCAUUAACAAACAAUCUGUUAAAGGUUCCAGUACAUCGACUUUGUCUGAAAAUGUGUCGGUUUAUCCUAUAGAUAGACGAAUACCAAGAAUAAAUAUAAGAACUAGGCAGGCUCAAAACCUUAUGGGACAAAGAAUAUUGGUUGCCAUCGAUUCAUGGCAUAAGGAUUCUAUAUUUCCAAUGGGUCAUUUUGUUAAAGCUCUUGGCGCUGCGGGUGAUAAAUUAACUGAAACAGAAGUUUUACUUUUGGAGCAUGAUGUGCCACAUCAAGAAUUUGCACAACAAGUCCUGAAUUGUUUACCCGUUGAAGGUGAUUUAUGGGUAGUUAAGGAUGAACAUUUACAAAGACGAGCCGAUUUAAGACAUUUGAAUGUCUGUAGCAUUGAUCCUCCCGGAUGUACGGAUAUUGAUGACGCUUUACAUGUGAGACAAUUGCCAAACAACAAUUAUGAAGUUGGAGUUCAUAUUGCGGAUGUCACACAUUUUGUUAAACCAAAUACUCCACUAGACGAAGAAGCCGCUUUACGUGGAACAACAGUUUAUUUGAUUAACAAGCGUAUUGAUAUGUUGCCAGGAUUAUUAGGAACAAAUUUAUGCUCCCUUAAAAGUAAAGUUGACAGACUCGCAUUUUCAUGUAUUUGGGAAUUGAGCCCUGAAGCAGAAAUUGUUAAUGUUACUUUUACUAAGAGUAUUAUUUCAUCAAAGGAAUCUUUCACAUAUGAAGAAGCUCAAGCUCGUAUUGAUGACCAACGCUUACAGGAUGAUUUAACAAAAGGUCUUAGAGUUUUAAAUGAUUUAGCUAAAAAACUUCGUGCAAGACGUAUGGAACGUGGUGCAUUGACACUUGCAAGUCCUGAAGUUCGAUAUAAGUUAGAUUUUGAUUCACAAGAUCCUAUUGAUGUAGAAAUGAAGGAAUUGAGAGAAACCAAUGCACUUGUUGAGGAAUUUAUGUUGUUGGCUAAUAUAUCAGUAGCUGAAAAGAUAUAUAAAAAGUUUGCCGCCUCAUCACUAUUAAGACGGCAUCCUCCUCCGACUGCAUUUAAGCUUGAUAAUUUAAACAAAGCUAUUUCUGCUUUUGGUUUAACGUUACAUUAUGAAACAUCGAAGGCUCUGGCAGACUCACUAGAUGAAGCAGUGUUACCCGAAGAUCCAUAUUUCAACAAAUUAUUAAGAAUAUUAACAACAAGAUGUAUGAUGCAAGCCACCUAUUUUUGUUCUGGCACAUUUUCAGUGCAUGAAUAUAGACAUUAUGGACUUGCUUCAGAGAUUUAUACACACUUUACGUCGCCAAUUCGAAGAUAUUCCGACGUAAUUGUACAUAGAAUGUUAGCUGCAUCUAUAUAUGAUGAUGAAGUAUAUGGUAGUGAACUUAUUGAUAAAAAAAAAAUAGAACAACUUUGUGAUGUAUUAAAUCAUAGGCAUAGAAUGGCACAAAUGGCAGCUCGGAGCUCUGUAGAAUUGCAUACAAAUCUUUUCUUUAAAGGAAAGACCGAACAAGUCGAAGGAUACGUCACUCGUGUACUAAAGAAUGGAUUCGUUGUCUUAGUACAAAAAUAUGGUAUCGAAGGAAUUGUAUAUUCAUCAGACAAUUCAAAAACAAAACUAAACACAACAGCGUCAAAUUCAACAUCCCUAAUUAUUUACAAUUCACAUGAUAAUAGUUUAGAUAGUAUUACAGGAGAUGGUAAGAAAAUAAGUAUCAAGUUAUUUGAUAAAGUUAUAGUUCAAGUAAGCGUAGACGAAGAUUUAGUUGGAGGUGGCGCAGGAGGCAUGAGACAAAAAUUAAAACUGGAAUUAGUCAAACCAGUUGUACCUGGAUUAAGUGUAUCCAAUGAUACAAGUACUGAUAAUAAUGAAAUAAUUGAAGAGAAUAACUAUAAUAAUAAAAAAGAUAAGAGAGAAAAUACUAAUGGAGGAAGAAAAAAGAAGAUGAAAAUUGAGAAUAUGUGAAGACAAGAUUCAGCAGGAUAUCAUAUUUUUAAAUAAAUUAGAAUAUUUAAUAAUAAUAAAACAAUUAAUUUUAAAUAAAAUAAUGAAAUUGAUUAGCA